AUGUUCAGAUGCUCUGCAUCUACAACUCUAUAUAAAUAAAACCACGCCACAGAGAUUUCAAUAUAUCAAAACACUAGCAAAAAGAAACUUUUCAACUAAAAAAAAAAAACAAUUAGUUGUUUUUUAAGUUAGAAGACAAGAUGAGUUCAACAAGCAGGGCAUGGAUGGUGGCGGGGACAGUUGGAUUGGUGGAAGCGCUUAAAGAUCAAGGAUUUGCAAGGUGGAACUACACCAUCAGGGCAAUCCACCACCACGCCAAGUCCAACCUCCGGUCAAUCUCUCAGACACGAAAGUUGUCUUCACCGGCUGCCAUGGCUUCCAACAAACGCAUUGAUCAAUCCGAGGAGUCAUUGAGAAAAGUCAUGUACUUGAGUUGUUGGGGUCCCAAUUGAUCAACAUUCUUGAUAUAUAUAGGCAGCUAGGGAACAUAGAAACUAGAGACUCUGGAGUGGAUGUACUUUAAAUGAAUUUUGUAUAUUGGCAUGAUUUUUUAUAAUCCUUCGUAUUGAUGAAAAGAUAUCUGAUUUUACA